GUCAAGUAACUGGCCGGGAGCUUCAGGGCAGGACAUUGUCUUACAGCGUGAUAUCUCCGACACUUGAUUCAGUGCCUGGCACACAGGAGGUAUUCAAUUAUGCUGAAUGAAUGAGCAACCGGCUCUGUGGGGGACAGUAAAUCCAACCCCAUUCCGCAAACGUUCGCUGAGCGGCAUCCAGGCCUCAGGGACCAAGUGUGUCGCGCGGUGCCAUACUGUGACCAGGACCUGUCAGUUCUAAUGUCCAGAUAUUGUAAUUCUAUGCUGUAACUCCUAUAUUUACUCUUAAAGCAAAAAGAGAAAUGUGGGUCGUGUUCGCUCUGGGUUCUCAUUAAGUGCAAGCUUGCAGAAGCGCCGAGACCCUGCGGCUCGCCCUCGCCGCUUCCUCCACAGGAGUCGGGCGGAGCUCCCGGCGCGCCCCGGGGCUGCGCCGCCGCAAUCCUCAAGGGGUCGCUGUUCCCGCGAUAACCUCGAGAAAGGCUCCGCCCCGCGGCCCGCGCUCGUUUCCCCCUUGGGAUCCGGGUCCACACGACGGGGUCGCCCGUCCAUCUCCGGUUCGCCCGCGGGGCCCAUCGUAGACGUUAGCGGCCGCUCUCCGGGCUGACUGACCCAUCCUUGGCGCUGCCGCCGCGGGCGCUUGUUCUCCUCCCUCGCCCCGCCUUCAUCCUCCCCCUUCACGGAAACGACAGCUGCGGCUGCGAGGUUGGCGCCGCCUCCCUCCACCUACCACGUCUGCCCUCGCCGCUUUAGCCCUGCGUCCCAACCCGGCCGCGGCGCCUCCGCCUAGCCGCCGCUAAGUCAGCCGGCUCCGCCCGGCUGCCACCCAGGAUGAACAUCAUGGACUUCAACGUGAAGAAGCUGGCGGCCGACGCAGGCACCUUCCUUAGUCGCGCCGUGCAGUUCACAGAAGAAAAGCUUGGCCAGGCUGAGAAGACAGAAUUGGAUGCUCACUUAGAGAACCUCCUUAGCAAAGCUGAAUGUACCAAAAUAUGGACAGAAAAAAUAAUGAAACAAACUGAAGUGUUAUUGCAGCCAAAUCCAAAUGCCAGGAUAGAAGAAUUUGUUUAUGAGAAACUGGAUAGAAAAGCUCCAAGUCGUAUAAACAACCCAGAACUUUUGGGACAAUAUAUGAUUGAUGCAGGGACUGAGUUUGGCCCAGGGACAGCUUAUGGUAAUGCCCUUAUUAAAUGUGGAGAAACCCAAAAAAGAAUUGGAACAGCAGACAGAGAACUGAUUCAAACGUCAGCCUUAAAUUUUCUUACUCCUUUAAGAAACUUUAUAGAAGGAGAUUACAAAACAAUUGCUAAAGAAAGGAAACUAUUGCAAAAUAAGAGACUGGAUUUGGAUGCUGCAAAAACGAGACUAAAAAAGGCAAAAGCUGCAGAAACUAGAAAUUCAUCUGAACAGGAAUUAAGAAUAACUCAAAGUGAAUUUGAUCGUCAAGCAGAGAUUACCAGACUUCUGCUAGAGGGAAUCAGCAGUACACAUGCCCAUCACCUUCGCUGUCUGAAUGACUUUGUAGAAGCCCAGAUGACUUACUACGCACAGUGUUACCAGUAUAUGUUGGACCUCCAGAAACAACUGGGAAGUUUUCCAUCCAAUUAUCUUAGUAACAACAAUCAGACUUCUGUGACACCUGUACCAUCAGUUUUACCAAAUGCGAUUGGUUCUUCCGCCAUGCCUUCAACAAGUGGCCUAGUAAUCACCUCUCCUUCCAACCUCAGUGACCUUAAGGAGUGUAGUGGCAGCAGAAAGGCCAGGGUUCUUUAUGAUUAUGAUGCAGCAAACAGUACUGAACUAUCACUUCUGGCAGAUGAGGUGAUCACUGUGUUCAGUGUUGUUGGAAUGGAUUCAGACUGGCUAAUGGGGGAAAGGGGAAACCAGAAGGGCAAGGUGCCAAUUACCUACUUAGAACUGCUCAAUUAAAUAGGUGGACUAUGGAAAGGUUGCCCAUCGUGACGUUGUAUUUAUAUACAAUUAACUCUAAAUAAAGCAGGUUAAGUAUCUUCCAUGUUAAUGUGUUAAGAGACUGAAAAUACCAGCCAUCAGAAACCAGCCUUUCUGCCAAUAAAGUUGCAUGGUAAAUAUUUCAUUACAGAAUUUAUGUUAGAGCUUUCAUGCUAAGAAUGUUUUCUUACAAAAUUCUCUUUUUAUUGAGGUUUCACUAAUAAGCAGCUUCUACUUUUGAGCCUCAACUUAAAGCAGAACUGUUUUCUACUGGAUUUUUCAUUAACAACAAGCUUUUUCUUUUAUGUAAAAUAAAUCUAUUGUGAAUUGAUACCAGUGACUCAUUUAUUAGGUAUAAAUAAUAGCCAAAGAAUAAAAUUAAAAUUUAUUUUAAACUUUAGGUCUUAAAAAGAACUGUAGGAUAUAACCUCUUGUGUGAAAAGUAGAAUUUUCUGAAUGCUUUCAUAGACAAAAAUGCAUUUAAACUAUAUUUACCUGGUUUUCCAACAGAAAUCACAUGAUUUCAAUACUAUGUUUUGAUGGGUUAUUUUCAGAGUUUGGUUUUUUAAACACUACUGAAUGGUUUCUUUUAAAUUUAAGAACAACUAGUUCUUGAAAAGCAAUACCAUACUUCUCUGAUAAAUUUGUAGUUAAGGUUCUAGAAAAUCUAGGACAAAUUUACUUCAUUAAACAAAGUUUUUAAGAUUAUUCAAUUGGCACAAUUUAAUGCAUAAUUGGGAUUGGAUCCAUUAAUAACAUACUGUGGUACAGUAAAGAGAAUGUGUUCUUACUGAACAACGAAUUUGUAUAAAAAUAUGGAAUAAUGCAACUACAUUAUAAAUUGUAUACAAACAAAAUAAAUUUUGGGUCACUCUGAGCUUACUAUUAAAA